AUGGGGGUUAUCAUUCCCGUUGUGCUGGUAGCAUUUGCGACCGUGUUUAUGUGGCUCCUGUUCAAGCACUUGAGAAUGCGUCAUAAAUUGAAGCACAUUAAUCAACCAAGAUCGUAUCCCAUCGUCGGACAUGGUCUCAUCACCAAGCCAGAUCCAGAAGGUUUCAUGAAUCAAGUUAUUGGAAUGGGAUACUUGUAUCCCGAUCCCCGUAUGUGCCUUCUCUGGAUUGGACCAUUUCCCUGUUUGAUGUUAUACUCUGCGGAACUCGUUGAAACUAUCCUUGCUUCGAGUAAACAUCUGGAUAAAGGUUUUGCCUAUAAGCAACUGGAACCAUGGCUGGGAAGAAGCAUUUUGACUAGUCGAAAGGACCAGUGGCGCCCAAAAAGAAAACUCCUGACGCCCACUUUCCAUUACGAUAUUCUCAAAGACUUUCUUCCUAUUUUCAAUGAACAAUCGAAAAUUAUGGUUCAGAAAAUGUGCUAUAUGGGAAAAGACGAAAACAUCGAUGUGCUCUCUACAGUAACCCUCUGCACUCUGGAUAUUAUUUGUGAAACUUCAAUGGGGAAAUCGAUCGGUGCUCAGUUAUCGGAGAACAACGAGUACGUCUGGGCUGUUCACACCAUCAACGAACUGAUUUCACGAAGAACGAAUAAUCCCUUGCUAUGGAACUCGCAUAUCUAUAGCCUAACUGAGGAUGGAAAGACUCACGAGAAAUGCUUGAACAUUCUUCAUAGUUUCACUAAAAAGGUCAUCAUUGAGAGAAAAGAAGCCCUGAAAGAGUCAGGUUACAAAAUGGAAGGACGUCUUGCAUUUUUGGAUUUACUGCUCGAUAUGGUUCAAAGCGGUCAAAUGGACGAAACAGAUGUUCAAGCUGAAGUAGACACUUUUAUGUUUGAAGGUCACGAUACAACAUCCACAGGUCUGAUGUGGGCGAUUCAUUUGAUUGGAAACCAUCCGGAAAUUCAAAGAAAAGUGCAAGCGGAACUCGACGAAGUACUGGGAGAUGAGGAAGAUGUGACUACUGAACAUUUGGCUAGACUCAAAUAUCUGGAAUGUGUGCUCAAAGAGUCACUGAGAAUUCGGUCAUCUGUUCCAAUUAUCAUGAGAGAACUGAGCGAGGAUCAAGUUAUCGGAGGAAUCAACAUCCCAAAAGGAGUUACUCUUCUUCUAAACCUAUACCUCGUACAUCGCGACCCUGCUCAGUGGAAAGAUCCAGAAGUAUUCGACCCGGAUCGUUUUCUGCCAGAGAACUCAGUCGGCCGUAAACCAUUUGCAUUCAUUCCGUUCUCGGCUGGUAGUCGUAACUGUAUUGGACAACGGUUCGCACUCAUUGAAGAGAAAGUUAUAAUGACUCACAUCUUGAGACAUUUCGACGUGACCUCUAUUGAACCAAUGCAUGAGGUCCGUCCGAAAAUGGAAAUCAUUAUGCGUCCAGUCUCCCCUGUCCACAUCAAGAUCACAAGACGCCGUCCCAUAGUUUCCCCAUAG